AUGCGUAUCGCGCCUCUCCUCCUCAAAUCAUCUUCCUCCUCCUCAAGAUGGAUAGCCCGUCAAUCCCGCGACCCAUACGUCAAAUCUCGUUCUGGUUCGGGCAACUCCUCUUCGGUCUCUCAAAAUCAACCAGCAUAUAGAUCGAGAUCAUCAUUCAAGCUCUUAUCCCUCGCUGCCAAACAUCCAUCUCUUCUAGGUGCAGGAGGGUCCAAAAAGGUGAUAGUUGAUCUGGGUGCAGCUCCAGGUGGAUGGUCCCAGGUAGUGUCGCAUCUGACCAAAGGUAAAGGAAAGGUUUUUGCGCUGGAUAUAUUGGACAUUGAACCGAUCCCUGGAGUCGAGGUUAUAAAAGGAGAUUUCUUAAGUGAAGACGUAAGAGAGCAAUUGAGGAUACGAACAAUCCGUUCAAACCCCACUAUUCAAAAUCAGGAUGAUGAUCAAGACAAGGACAAAAAAGAUGAAGAGGACACGUCUACGUCUACUUCUACAUCUGCAUCUCAAGGAAUGGUAGAUUGCGUACUUAGUGAUAUGAUGGCCCCAAUGACCGGAAACAAGACGCGAGAUAUAAGUUUGAGUCUUCAGCUUUGUGCGGCUGCCACGGUAUUUGCUAGGGGUGUACUUAAAAAGGCAGAAAAGGGAGAAGAAGCGAAGAAAGAGCUGGGCAAGGGGAAGGGAAAGGGAAAGAAAAUUUGGCCAGGCGGGAACUUAAUCAUCAAAUUCUUCGCUCAUCCCGAUAUGAACGAGUUCCGUUCUUUAGAGCUAGACCCGUGGUUUGGGAAGGUCGUAGUGGAGAAACCAAAGGAAUCGAGAUCAGAGUCGAGUGAGGCGUACUGGGUCUGUUUGGGAUAUAAAGGUGAUCCUACAUUACGAUGA